AUGUCUUUCAAUUUCAAUAAGAGAAGCCUCGUCAAAACCCUUUUCUCCUCUAACAAAAGCUGUGGUUGCAUCAAAAUAAAACCCUCUAACGUACUUGAACCCUCUCAAAAACCUAAAAUCUCCUUUAACCAAAACACAAACCCUAAUACCCUCACUUCUCCCACCACUUCCCACGACGCCAACACCCAUGACAAAGAUUUCACUUCCACCACCAUCUCAAACGACAACAAUAAUAAUUAUAGGAUUUUAAAGCCGGCUACAAAACUCAUAGAUAGCAUUGCCGUUGAGAAGGAAUCCAAGGAGCCGUAUGAAGAUUUUCGAAACUCUAUACUUCAAAUGAUAUUGGAGAGAGAGAUUUAUUCAGAAAAUGAUCUUCAAGAAUUACUUGAGUGUUUUCUUCAGCUUAAUGCAAAGUGUCACCAUCAUGUCAUUGUUGAAGCGUUCAUGGAGACAUGUGAAGAAAUAUUUCCUAAGAAGCUUUGUGGUGAUGGUAGACGUGUGUGA